AAAAUUUCAAGUGAACAUGCUACCUUUUGUGUUCAACGCUGAUGAUGACGGGAAAAGGGUUCAAAAUGAGGAGGGUAACUAUGAUCCUACCGACCAUCAGCGCCAAAUGGAAGACUAUUACAAACAAUACGAAGAACAGAGGGUUGCCAAUUCGUUUCACAACACCACUGGAAGACCUGAUUUGGUUGCAAUGCAAGCACGUCUAGCAGAAACCGAACAAGCGAUCCACCGGCUGAAUGAAGAAAAAAAACAACCAAUCUUCAACCAGCCGCCUCCCGUCAUUCAAACUCGGCCAGUUUUUCCGGAUUUCAGACAACCCCCACCAGGAUUUCCUAUAAUGACGACACCGGCAACGCAACCAGAAAUUUCUAUACCUCGUUCUGGAGAAAAUAAAAGCUCUCGGUCACCUUCGUGGGCGCGUGAAGCAAGACGUUCUCGUUCCAGGAGCCGCGAUAGACGCGGAGGUAGAAGCAGAAGCAGAUCACCAUCUAGACGUCGAACUAGUCGUGAUCGCCGAGAUGACCGCAGCAGCCGUCGUAGAAGAGGUCCUAUUAUCAACCAACUGAGCUGAAAUUUGGCUGAAUUUAUACUCCUAUUUAGUUCUGGAGAUUAAUUCUCGAUGAGAUUGUAGAUCGAAGUCACUCGCGAAGCCGUUCACCACCUUCGUCUGCAAAUGGUUCCUCUCAUUGGUCGUCGUCAAACCGCCACUCCAGACGACGACGCUCCAGAAGCUACAGCAGAGAAAGGGUAGGUGAAAAAAUAGAGAAAGGGUAGUCAUUUAUGGUGUUUACUUGUGAGUAUGGUUUUGUCUAUGGGCAUAUGAAAUCUGUUCUCCAAAAUAUUCUAAAUUCUUGAAAAUUGCGCUCUUAAGAUUUCGUAAUUUGUUGAUAUCCGUGAGGUUUGACAAGCUUGAUAAAAAUUGUUUGUCGAAAAAUUUGAAUUUAUCCAUUUGAACACUUUUAAAUUUCAGGUCGAUGGCGAUGUUACCUUCUUUCAAAAGGUUUUCAAUCAGUUACACAAUAUGAUACCUCAAAUUAAAACUAGUAAAAUAUUGAAGUAAUUAAGUUUUUUUUCAGGAUAGAAACUCGCGUCGCGAUGAUCGCCGCAGCAAUCUUUCAAAUAAUGAUCGAUAUUCGGAUUGGAAUCCUGGAGUUCCAUCAAAUAAACUCGCAAUUUUGAAUAUGCCAAAUGAUGUGGACAACACGAAGAUAACACUUUCAUUGGGAAAAUGUGGAUACCUUCCUCAAGACGUGCGCACCAUGACAAAAUUCGAUAAAAAUACAAAACAAAUUCGUACUUUUGCUUUUGUUGAGUUCUCUAAUCGAGAAACUGCAGAACAGUGGAUGACGGAUUACGAGGGAUGGUUGACUCUGGAUGACGGAAGAACUCUGGCUGUAGAAUAUGCGAAGGGAGAUCCUGCUGCUGGAUCCGGAAACAAAGGGGAUGAUUGGAUUUGUGCUCAUUGCUCUAUGAACAAUUUUGUAAAGCGUCAAACCUGCUUCAAGUGUGAAAUUUCAAAGGAUCAGUCAAUGGAGCUUGAGAAACUCGGAGCACAUAUGGUCGGAAUGACACCUUGCGACACUCUUCUAAUUCGUGGUCUUCCUGAUGGUAUCAAUAAUAGUCUUAUUUUUGAUAGUCUCGGUGCUCUGGUUUGUCUCAGUUCGAUUAGCAUGAUCAAAUUGUCGGAAUCCAAAAGGUUUGCGUACUUGCAAAUGAAAAGUGCGGAUGAAGCAAAAAUGUUACUCAAUUUGACAUAUAAAUCGCCCAUUCGAAUUAAGGAUAAAGAUGGUAUGUUUUUUGCUGAUUUCAAGAUUUUACCAUAUUUUUUCAGUUCAAGUUUCCUGGUGUCGUGAUUCAAUGUCAAAACUCAUUCAACAACAAAUGACCAUGCUAACCGCGGGACCUGGAAAGAAUUCUGUGGCUACCGGAAGUCUGGCUCAAGGAAACAUGACUGGAGCUGAAAUUGCUGCAGCUGCCCUUUCUAAAGCAAAUGCUGUGCGCCAAGCUAGUCAACAAGUUGGUCAAAUUAUGACUGGAUUGCCUGCACCUGCUGCUAAUAUGAUUCCUCCAAACUUCAGUGUUCCACCACCAAAUUUGUCUGUUCCACCUCCAAUGCAAGCCACUCAACCGGAACAUCAAAAUGGAGUCAUUGGAAUGACCCAGACUCCGAAAGGACUUUUGCCAAGAUACUUACCACCCAAUCCGCUUACAUUCGCUCAUGAUCCGAAUCUUGGGUAUUACGUAGAUCCAAUCACAAAAUUCUGUUACGAUUCAGCAACUGGUUAUUAUUUCAAUAAUGCAACUUCACAAUGGUGUAAUUGGGAUCUUACUCAUCAUACUUAUUUCCCAGUUGAAACCCCAGCUGUAAUCAAUUCAGCUGACCCCGAAGAGGAAAAGAUGAAGAAAAACGAAGAAGGGCCAAAAACAGCUCAGGAUUUAGUGAAAGAUAUGGCAAAAUGGGCUAAGAGACAAGAAAAAGACAAAAAGAAAGUUCAAAUUUCUAUAAAAGGAAAAGAGACGAAAGGAAUUGAAUUGAAAAAUGUAUUUUCUAAUGAGAAACAGAAAAGAAUAGCACAGACUGCAGCACUUUUUGAUGAUGACGAAGAAGAGGAUCAAGAGGAAGAAGUUCGGGGUCGUCGUUCUGAAGAACCGUCUACUUCAUCCUCAUUUUCAUCUGUUCCACUUGCUCCUCGGAAAUCCACUCUUCAAGAUGUUAGAGAUGCUAUGGAAAGAGCACUUUACGAUGAAACGAAGAAAACAUGUAUGCUCUGCAAACGAGCAUUCUCUGAUGUUGAAGUACUUCGGAAACAUGUUGAAAAAAGUGAUUUGCAUAGAAACAAUUUGGAAGCGAAGCGAGCCGAAUGGGGACGAGAAACAGCUGCUAAAUUACAAGAAGAAGAAGAAGAUGCUUCAGCUCCAGAUCUCCCUAAGAUCGUUUACAGGGACAGAGCCAAAGAACGUCGUCGUCAGUUCGGGAUUGAUUCCACUGGUUAUGCAUUCGAUGUGAUGGGUGGGCCGCCAGGACCCACAUCGGUGAGACAUGAAGAGACCAUCCGAAAAGUUAGUGAGGAAGCUUCGAAGCGCCCAUUAGACGAAUCAAACAUCGGAAAUAGACUGCUGAAAAGUAUGGGCUGGAAAGAAGGACAAGGAGUUGGAAAGCAUGCACAAGGUAUUGUUAACCCGAUUGAAGCUGAACGAUUUGUUCAAGGAGCAGGUUUGGGUGCUGCUGGAUCCAAAAUGAGACAUGGUGCAGAAGCGAGUCACAAAGAGAAGACGCGGCAAGCACUCUACAGUCGUUAUCACGACGCUUAAGUUCCUAAAGUUUAUGUUUCGCCUUCAGUGUACUAUUUGUUUUCCGUUAAAUAAAAUAAAAUCUAAUAGC